GUACAGCAAAUUUAUAUCAAAGACAACAAGGUCCCUGUGAAAAGAGGCAAUAUACAGGUUGUAUGUGAAGUGUCGCAGUUUGCCAGUAAUGAAUUGAUCAGGGUCUAUAAGACUGAUUCCUUUCCUCCUGAAGACAUUACUACUACUCCAACAUUAACAACAUGUACACCGUCACAGUGUUUGGGAACUGUACCAAGACAUACAGUCAGCACUGAUAGCAGUGGUGUCACUAUUACAGUCACCAAUCUCAAUAGAUCAGAAGACCAGAAAUAUUGGACAUGUAUCCUCAACUCUCAGAGAAAAUACAUGCAGCUCAUUGUAUACACAAUUACUCCUUCACUACAGUAUGAUUAUCCACGAAGCCAGAAUCAAGACUUAGUUCAAACAUCAGUGACAUUUAGCUGUAGUACAGGAUGUGCAUAUAUCCUGCACCAAACUUUAUUUGGUAUUAUAAUAAGACUGGUGGAUCACGUCAGGAAUGGUCAACAACAGCACCUGUAACCGAGAAAACUGGUGUUUGUUCUGACUCUGAGAAAAUAUAUACAUCUAAAUUAACAUUGUCAAGAAACUCAGCGUUUACUGACAAUACAGAUACCACUGUGAUGUUUCAGUGUGGUGCUAUAUCAAUAACUGGUGCAGGAGAUCAACUUUUUACUCCAGCAUCAGUAGACGUCAGAUUUGCAGUUCAGGUAACAGGAAGUACACUCAAAAAUGGAGCUGAUACAGUUUCUGGACAAUUACAAGUUGUAAGUGGUGUAAGUAAAACUCUGACAUGUGAAACAAGUGUAAGCAGACCGGCAGCUACAAUAGUAUGGUAUAUAGGAAAUCAAGAGAAACAAAGAUCAAACUCUACAGCCUUUACAUUCAACCCACAAAACAACGAUCAUAAUAAACAGGUUUACUGUAAAGCCUUUAACACACAACCUGAGAGUCAAGCUGCCAUUUCAUACAAAUCAACACUCUUUGUGCAAGAACGGGCAACAGUAAAAUCGUUCUACAUUGGUCAAAAUGAAAGUCAAACAGUAGCUACCAUUGAAGAACACGAUGUGAACAUUCCACUUACUUGUGUUGUUAGUGGAAUGCCUGCCUCCGAAAUUUAUGUUAGUUUCAAGGGGGGUAUUAUUGCAAGAGGGUCUAACACAAAUAAGCUACAAUACAAUUUUGGAAAGAUUGCUUGCACUAAAAGUGGCGUAUAUAUCUGCAAAGGCUUUGAUAUUUUCGGGAUGUUUACAAGCAGAACGGUUGAAUUGUUUGUGGAGUGUUCACCAAGACCAAUACGACAAGUCCUUCACAACAUAACCAGUCACAUUGGUUCAUCAAUAUUACUUACCUUCAAAGUGAUAGCAUAUCCUGAACCGGGACCUAAAGGCUUUAAAUGGUUCAUUGAAGACAGGCUUAAUUGGAUUUCUUUAUUAAGUAACGAAGAUUUUCAAAUUUCAUCGUCUGGUUUUGAGACUAAUUUAACAAUCUCAAACGCAUCUAGGGAGCAUUAUGGAAAAUAUCGUGUUACUGCUGUAAACAAAGUCGGCUCAUAUGACCAGAUAUUUUUUCUUUCAGAAAAAGGUAUAACCAGUCGCUUCUUUUUAAUUUUCUAAGCAUUCAUUCAUAUGUUAUAUUUGCACACUUAAAUUUCAUUAUUUUUUCAUAUAUAAAUUAACUCAUUAACUGAAGAUUAAUGUCAUUAUAAAAUAAAAUCAUCUUCUUAUAAUUUGAUGUAACUGUACAUUGUUGAGUACAAUACUAAAGACUUUUGGACGAGCAUACAGCUGCCAACCUAUAUUGGACGAGGCGCUAGCAGCGUGUGGUAUAGGUUUUGCAGCUGUGUACGAUAAGAAUACCAAUAAGUACAAUAAGAUUUUGAUAUGGACUAAAAAAAGAAAGAAAAAAGCAUCGGAUGGAGUAUAAUAUGCAUUUGAUUUAGAAAUGAAAACUUGAUCAAUUGAUAAGAUAUGAUCCAAUAAAGAUUUCUUUAAGAAUA